AUGGAGCUCGCGCUGCGUAUGUCCGUCCGGAACGCGACUCGCGCCGCCACGACGUGGGCGGCCAGCCCGGUGGGCCGACUCGUCCGCAUCGAGGUCCUCGUCACGAUCAGCUGCUGCCUGCUCGCCGUGCUGGUCCUCCUCGGCUCCGGCCGCCGCGCCACCCGCAGCGGCGCGUUCCGUCUCGCCGUCUGGUGCGCGCUGAUGCUGAGCUACCCGGCCAUCUCCUACACGAUCGGGCUCAUGCAGUCAGCGUUCGUACGCAACGAGCUCAUCGUCGUCUGGGGCUGCUUCCUCCUCCUCCUCCUCGGUUGCGCCGACGGCAUAGCCGCCUACAGCCUCAACGACUCCGACCAGCAAGCCCGCACCAUCCUCAACCAGAUACUGCAGCUCGUCUAUGUCCUCUUCCUCCUUGUCUCUUACGUUGGCGCUCUGCCACUCCAGCUGAAAGUUCUCCUCUUGUUGCUCUGGGCGUUGAGCGCCAUCAAGCUCGGGAUGCGCGUCCGGAGCUUUCUCUCGGCCGGCCGUGACAGCGUCCUCACCGUCGAGAACAAGCUCAUCGCCGACUACAUGUCGCGAGAGCACGUGUACAGCGGCCGGAACUACGACGCGUCCACCAUGAAAGGCUACAAGUACGUGGUCGUCGGCGAGGCCGACCAGAAGGACGGCAACGGAGACUACCACCCGAUCGACCAAUCGAAUCUUGAUAGGACUAUUGUCACUCUAGAGAAGGUAUGGGAGUGCCAGGGGAGGCUCUUGAGCUCGAACAGCGACGAAGCAGCGGCGAGCAGGCUCAAGGACCUGUGCCUUUCCUUCGCCAUGUUCAAGCUUCUCCGGCGCCGCCUCGGCGGGUACCCGCUCAGCGAGGCGUCCUUCAACAAGACGCGCGACUUCGUCAAGGUUGGCCUCCUCGCCGCCGCCGACGGCCACGAGAGGAUGUACCGCGUCAUCGAGGUCGAGCUAGGCUUCCUCUUCGAUUUCUACUACGCAAGGUACCGGUCGCCCAGGGAGACGCUCAUUCCGGACACGAUUCUCUUCGCGGCCGUCUUGGUGGCAAGCCUGUGCACGCUGUUCUCGCCGGCGGUGCUCAGCCACCGCGCCCGUGGCAACUCCGUCGCCACCGGAUUCGACAUUUGGCUGACAAGAAUAGUGAUCGCGUUGUUCGUGAUGCUGGAAUCCUUCCAGUACCUGACGCUGGUGUUCUCCGACUGGCACAAGGUGAAGAUGCUGUGCCGCUACGUCCGGGAGCCGUCGUGGUGGCAGACGCACCCAGGCUUGGAGCGAGCGCUAAAGCUCAUGUGCCGCGUCAGGCUGAUACGCUACUGGAACAACUCCGUCGGGCAGUACUCGCUCCUGGUCGCGUGCCUGCCCACCGCCGGCGGCGUCCGGUGCCUGCCGCUUCCCAAGCCGAUGGCGCGGUUCCUGGUUCAGAGCAGGAUGACGCAUCACCGCAAGCUCCCCGAGGAGGUGAAGCACGCAGUCUACCUGUUCCUGCGCAGUGGGCUGGCCCGAGUCUGUCACGGCGAGCACGCGUUGGAGAAGAAUGGCGCGCCGGGCGUCCUCUACCCGCGGCCCAUCCGUCAGCAGGAGAGGAGCGCCGUGCAGCUCAUCCUCAUCUGGCACAUCGCCACCGAGCUCUACGACUCCAAGUCGCAGCGCGCGGCGCCUCCUCCUGCUGAUAGAAGCGUCAGGCAGGACCAUCUCGUGGCAACCACGCUGUCCUCCUACUGUGCCUACCUGGUGUCGUCGGCGCCGGAGCUGCUGCCGGAGCACAGCUACGACACGCAGCUCCUGUUGGAAGGCGUGCAGCGUAGGGCGCGUGAAUCGCUUCAAGGUUGCCGGUCCAGGGAUGAUAUGUACGACAAGCUGCCGGCAGUGCCGGAUUCCCAUCCCAUCGACGGCCACAAGGACAUCUUGGUCGAAGGCAGAAGGCUCUGCGAAGAACUGCACAAGAUGCCGGCGACGAUGAAGAAGUGGAAGUUGCUUGCCGAGCUCUGGGUAGAGCUGCUUCUCUCUGUGGCUCCGUCGGACAACGCCGCCGGUCACGUCAAGAUGCUAGCCAACGGAGGCGAGCUCAUCACGCACCUCUGGGCGCUGUUGACUCACGCUGGAGUUGUGGAGAAGAGGGUCGGAAUUCAAAAUACUUCUUACCCUGUCUAA